CGUAUUGUGUGGAGAAAGCAGGCCAGAAUCAAGCUAACGUAGCAAAGGAGAGUUGUUGUAGCCUAACAGUCGCGACCUCGUUUUUCUUCUUCCACCUGAACAACAUGAAGACAACGCCGUCUUGUACGAAAGCCUCGUGUCCAUCACGCCGUGGGACGUUUUCUUAAACCUGUCAGUGUAUCUCCUUUUCAUGCCUGCCGUCGUAUAACUGUCACAGCGCGUGUCCUCGUGAACAUAUGUUCCGCUGAAUUUCCUCUUGUCGCCAUCAGCUCUACCCGGACAGGACUAGAAGCAGCAUUUGGACUACUCGUCAUUGUUUUUGUUUUUUGUUUUAAUGCAGUUUGGAGUGCAGCUUAAGCCUCAUCCACAUCACAUCCAUGUAGCCCCUCCUCCUCCUGCUGCUGACGAAGAGCCACAACACCAGAGAGCUGCUCGUCAGUCUGACACCAAACACGGAGGAGGACAGAGGAUCUCCUGAGACCAGACGAGUACCAGCCGGGACCAAGUCAGGAAUGAAAGGAUGAACUAACAUCUCUUGGACUGUGUCAAAAGGAGUAAAGGGUUUGGACCAGUGAUCUCGCCUCUAUGAUGUUCUCCUUGUGAGUAAACACUGAAGACUAAACGGGUUUCUCUUCCCUGUGAAGUGAAUCCUUCCUUAAUUUGGAGAACACUUUCUCUUUAUCUAGCCUUCUAUAGCACAAUGGAAGCUUCAAGUCGUAAACAGUCGAGUCCAGUUGGAGCUUUAGAAAUGUAUGUGAUUGUGUUGUUGGUGGAUUGAAUAGUUAAUGUCAGAGUAAUAACAAUGGGUGAACCGGUGGGGUUUGUAGCCGCAUGGAGGGCCCAGUUCCCGGAGUCUGACCCCCCGUGCAUGGAGCUGAACUCUCUGGGUAACAUUGAACAGGAGCUGGACAAAUGCAAGACUUCUAUCAGACACCUGGAGGAGGAGGUCAACAAGGAGCGCUUUCGGAUGAUCUACCUGCAGACGCUGCUCGCGAAAGAGAGGAAGUCCUACGACGGGCAGCGGUGGGGAUUCAAAAGCACGCCCCACGUGAACGAUGGAGAACUGCCCGGCGAGAGGCCCCAUGCAGAGGAGGCACCAGCAGAGGAGCAGCAGCAGCAGAGAGGUUCGGGCAAGACAGGCAGGUGUAAACCACAUCCCGAAGGAGAGGUGGACGGUGCGUCCCCGGCCAAACAGAAGGGCGGCGUGUCCCCGGAGCACCAGGACUCGGAGGCCCCCGAUUUCCCACUGGGCACCGGCUCCGUGGCCGCUCUGAGAUCCAACUUUGAGCGCAUCCGGAGGGCCAACUCUCACGCAGCCGGAGACGGCAGAGGGCUGUCGGUCAUGGGCGGCCCGGAGAAACCUUUCUACGUGAACAUGGAGUACCAUUCGGAGCGAGGCUUGGUGAAAGUCAACGACAGGGAGGUUUCGGAUAAGAUCAGCACCCUGGGCAGCCAGGCCAUGCAGAUGGAGCGCAAGAGGUCCCUGCACUCCCGCCCGGGGGACAUCAGCAAGGCUUUUCAGAGAGGCAGGUCCAGCGAGGGGAACUGCAGCCACAACGGGUCAUAUGAUGACCCCGAGGUCAGCCCUCACUUCCUGAAAGACGGCGUGAAGAAGUCCGAGCGGCAUUCGGCCGAGUGCCAGCCCUACACCAGUGUGUACGUCGGAGGAAUGAUGGCCGAGGGGGACACCCGGGUCAUCCACAUUCGGGACCACAGCGUCGAGGAGGACGCACACCUCACCUGGCCGAGGCGCUCGUACUCGCCCGGCAGCUUCGAUGACGUCGGAGGAGGCUACACACCAGACUGCAGCUCCAACGAGAACUUAACGUCCAGCGAGGAGGACUUCUCCUCGGGCCUGUCCAGCCACGUGUCUCCCAGCCCCACCACCUACCAGAUGUACAGGGAGAAAAGCCGCUCGCCCUCCCAGCACUCCUUUGACAGCAGCAGCCCGCCCACACACCUGUCUCAGAAACGGCUGAAGCAGCAAGGGAUGGUGUCCGAGGCCUCCGUCAUCGGGGUUCGUAAACCGGGCCAAAUCUGGCCCGGUGAUGGGGAGUCCACCACGUCCAGCAGGACCUCCCAUGACAACAGUGUUCAAGGAGAUCUGGAGGCUCCCUACAGCGAGACCCCUCCGUCAUACGGCUAUGACCUGGAGCACCAGCCUCGCCACGACCCGCUAUCCUUCACCGGAUCCCCGACCUCCUCGCCACGAUUCUGCUCCAAGAGCCGGAGCAGCCGAGACACCCAGUCCUCCGGCUCUCUGGAGUCCACGCUGUCGGUGGAGUUGGAUCAGGAGAAGGGGCUGGAGAUGAGGAAGUGGGUUCUGUCAGGAAUACUGGCCAGUGAGGAGAUCUAUCUCCGCCAACUGGAGGCCCUGCUGAUACCCAUGAAGCCUCUGAGAGCUGCAGCCACAACAUCCCAACCAAUGCUGAUCAUCCAGCAGAUAGAGACCAUCUUCUUCAAAGUGCCAGAGCUUCAUGAGAUCCACAAGGACUUCUACGACGCUCUGCUGCCCCGAGUCCAGGACUGGGGCCAUCAGCAGUGUGUGGGCGACCUCUUCCAGAAACUGGCCAGCCAGCUCGGAGUGUACCGGGCCUUUGUGGAUAACUAUAAGGUUGCUGUGGAGACGGCGGACAAAUGCUGCCAGGCAAACGCUCAGUUUGCAGAGAUAUCCGAGAAUCUCAAGGUCAAAAGCACAAAGGACUGCAAAGACCAGUCGGCUAAAAAUUCACUGGAAACUCUUCUCUACAAACCCGUGGACAGAGUGACUCGCAGCACACUCGUUCUGCAUGACCUGCUGAAGCACACGCCCUCCGGCCACCCCGACUAUGCGCUGCUACAGGACGCCCUGCGCAUCUCUCAGAACUUCCUGUCCAGUAUAAAUGAAGAGAUCACCCCACGCAGACAGUCCAUGACAGUUAAGAAGGGAGAGAACCGUCAGCUGUUGAGGGAUCGCUUCAUGGUGGAGCUGGUCGAAGGUUCCAGGAAACUCCGUCACGUCUUCCUCUUCACGGACCUGCUGCUCUGCACCAAGCUGAGGAAACAGGCUGCAGGAAAAGGGCAACAGUAUGACUGUAAGUGGUACAUCCCACUGGCUGACCUGACUUUCCAGACCAUUGAGGACUGCGAGUCCACCCCCAUCCCGCUGGUCCAGGAUGAGGAGAUCGACUCCUUGAAGAUCAAAAUCUCCCAAAUCAAGAACGAGAUCCAAAGAGAGAAGAGAACCACCAAAGGACCCAAGGUGAUCGAGCGUCUGAGGAAGAAGCUAUCGGAACAGGAGUCUCUGCUGCUUCUCAUGUCGCCCAACAUGGCGUUCAGGGUGGCCAACCGAAACGGCAAGGGUUUCACGUUCCUCAUCUCUUCUGAUUACGAACGCGCCGAGUGGAGGGAGAUCGUUCGCGAGCAGCAGAAGAAGUGCUUUAAAAGCUUCUCUCUGGCCUCUCUGGAGCUGCAGAUGCUAACUAACUCAUGUGUGAAGCUGCAGACUGUUCACACGAUUCCUAUGACCAUGAAUCAGGAAGAUGAUGAAUCUUCUGGUUUGUACGGCUUUCUAAAUGUCAUCGUCCACUCUGCGUCGGGCCUGAAACACAGCUUAAACCUGUACUGCUCUCUGGAGGUGGAUUCCUUCGGCUACUUUGUCAACAAAGCCAAAACACGCGUGUACAGAGACUCUACAGAGCCCAACUGGAACGAGGAGUUUGAGAUUGAACUGGAGGGCUCUCAAACGUUGAGGCUGCUCUGCUAUGAGAAAUGCUACAACAAAAGCAAGCACAGCAAAGAGGAUGGAGAGAACGCCGACAAGAUCAUGGCAAAAGGACAAAGACAGCUGGAUCCUCAGACGCUGCAAAAUAAAGACUGGCAGAGGGCAGUCAUCGCCAUGAAUGGGAUCGAGGUGAAACUCUCCAUGAAGUUCACCAGCAGAGAGUUCAGUUUGAAGAGAAUGCCUUCACGGAAACAGUCCGGCGUCUUUGGAGUGAAGAUCAACGUAGUAACCAAGCGAGAGCGCUCCAAGGUUCCCCUCAUCGCGAGACAGUGUGUGGAGGAGAUCGAGCGGCGGGGGAUGGACGAGGUGGGAAUCUACCGAGUGUCUGGAGUCGCAACUGACAUCCAGGCACUGAAGGCGGCCUUCGAUUCCAACAACAGAGACGUCUCUGUGAUGAUGAGGGAGAUGGACGUGAACGCCAUCGCCGGAACACUGAAGCUGUAUUUCCGCGAGCUGCCGGAGCCUCUUUUCACCGACGACUUGUACCCCAACUUUGCCGGAGGCAUCGCUCUCUCUGACUGCAUGGCCAAGGAGAGCUGCAUGCUCAACCUGCUGCUGUCUCUGCCAGAGACCAACCUGGUGACCUUCCUCUUCUUGCUCGACCACCUUAAAAGGGUGGCUGAGAACGAGUGCAUCAACAAGAUGUCUCUGCACAAUCUGGCCACAGUCUUUGGCCCCACUCUGCUGCGGCCCUCUGAAAAAGACAGCAAGAUCUCAAACAGCUCACAGCCCAUCUCCAUGAAUGACAACUGGUCUCUAGAAGUCAUGGCUCAGGUGCAAGUGCUUCUCUACUUCCUUCAGCUGGAGAGCAUUCCUACCCCCGACAGCAAACGUCAAAGCCUUCUCUUCUCCACUGAAGUAUAACCGGAACGUCUCGCACUUGUGUGUACAUGUUCGGUUCAGAGGCCGAAUGUCUGCUCCUCAAUGAGCUGGACGCUGCUGAGCGGCCACGCGGCCGGCUGGUUUACUCUGACGAUGCGUAUCUUAGCCACUAGGGGGAGCCAUCGGACUAGAAACAGCCACCAUGACCAAAGCCAUGUCUUUUGGAGGGAGGUGUGAUGACAGAGCCUGUGUGUUCUGUUUACAUACAAGCUUGCCUGCUGUGUCAGUAAAAGACAACCCUCUGUGAUGUAUGUACAAAUAUAGCAUUCCUUUUUAAAUUUUAUUUCAAUUUCACAAGGUCGUUAUUUACUGUACUUAGAUAUUUUCCACUGCCCUGUUCUGUCACUGUACACAUGAGCUCCAUAUUCACAGAAGGGGAUUUCUGCUGUAGUGCGAUAUUGUACGAUUUAUUUCUGUGGAUGACUGAUCGGAUUAAUGGACAUGGGUUUCUCACAUAUAUUCGUGUUUGUUUUUCCCCCAGAAAUUGUUUGACUUGGUUGAAAGCUCACCUGUGCCAAUGUUUCCCUGCUGAUGGCCAUUAGAACAUUUCAGUUACCCAAAUGUUUACAUGCACUCUUCCUCUUGUACAGAAUUUAAAAGACUGAAAACUGUAGUUGACACACAGCAACAUGCAGGCGUGUUGACCAAAGCAUCUGAAGUGUGCUCUGCUGUUUGUAUAGUGACCUCCUUCAGUUCACAGGCUCUUCUUGUGUUGCCCAAACCAACUUUUCUGUAGAAAUGAGUGAUUUAUUUUGGAAGUGGUACAAAGAAGUGAAAGGCAAAUCAUUCCAGGCAAAAGGUGAGGCCUGAUCUACGGAGUGUGUGCUGUGCUGCCUAGAAGUUAAAUUUCACAGUUGCUUUUUGACCAUAUUUCAUAUGUUUUGUGUCCACGUUGUUUUUGUUCUGAUUUGAUUUAUUCUGUGGAUGUAUAUGUGUUGCUUCCUGCAUUCCUUCUCUGGAGUCUACCUAUAGAGGAUAAACCCACACUGCUGUAGAAUUGAGAGCACCCAGAGAUUAUCUCAAACACCAAAUGUUCCCUAUAGUAUCCUUGAAGCACAGUGAUUCACUCAUACAUGUAUUAUGGCUUAUUAAUAGGUUAAUCAUCCACAUACCUGGUAUUACUUAUGGAAAAUAGUGUUCUUGCAUUCAUAUUUUUUUCCCAAAUCACUACAAGUAUUCAAACACUUGUGAGCACAAACUAUAACCCUAAAGGCUUGUGAUUUAAGUAAAAUAAGCAAUAUUAGAGAUUAUAGGAUGAGACUAGUGGGUAUUGUGUGUAUGAUUGAUGUAAAUAAAAACUUGGUAACAUUA